AUGCUGGAGGAUGAGGAUGGGAUGAGCGAGAGGGGGCUCAGCAGCUCAAGGAGGAGGUACGACGAUGAGGAAGUGUCUCCAGCCGCCGAACGCCUCCGCUACAUCCUGGGGGAAGACGAUGAACCUCCCAACCCCACGCUCUUCACCGAGAUGGACACGCUGCAACACGACGGCGAGGAGAUGGAGUGGAAAGAGUCAGCCAGGUGGAUAAAGUUUGAAGAAAAGGUGGAAGAAGGCGGCGAGAGGUGGAGCAAGCCCCACGUGUCCACGUUGUCUCUGCACAGUCUGUUCGAGCUGCGGACAUGUCUACAAACGGGAACGGUGCUCCUGGACUUAGAUGGCUACUCCUUGCCCCAAAUUAUAGAUGAUGUCAUCGAGAAGCAGAUCGAGGACGGGCUGCUCAAGCCGGAGCUGCGGGAGAAGAUAAGCUACGUGCUCCUCAGGAAGCACCGUCACCAAACCAAGAAGCCAAUCCACCGGUCCUUGGCCGACAUCGGCAAGUCCGUCUCCUCCAACACAUCCCGCAGCCCUGUCCGGAGCCCGGCAGCCGGCGCCACUUUCCACCGCUCCACCGAGGACCUGCGGAUGCGGCAGAGCCCCAGCUACGGCCGCCUGCGUCACGCGCAGAGUCGGAGCAUGAACGACAUCUCGGACACGCCGAGCACCGACCAGCUGAAGAACAAGUUCAUCAAGAAGAUCCCCAAGGACGCGGAGGCCUCCAACGUGCUGGUGGGAGAAGUGGAGUUCCUGGAGAAGCCCUUUGUGGCUUUUGUGCGGCUCCUCCAAGCGACGAUGCUGGGAGGGGUGACGGAGGUGCCCGUCCCCACCAGGUUCCUUUUUAUCCUCCUCGGUCCCGCGGGAAAAGCCAAGUCCUACAACGAGAUCGGCAGAGCCAUCGCCACCCUCAUGGUGGAUGAUCUCUUCAGCGACGUUGCCUACAAAGCCCGGGAUAGAGAAGACCUGAUCGCCGGCAUAGAUGAGUUUCUGGAUGAAGUCAUUGUCCUGCCACCCGGCGAGUGGGACCCCAACAUCAGGAUUGAACCGCCCAAAAAAGUGCCCUCGGCUGAGAAGAGGAAAUCGGUUUUCUCUCUGAACGAAGUGGGGCAGAUGAACGGCACGGCUGGCGGGGCGGGCGCCGGGGGCGGAGGAGGAGGCAGCGAUGAUGGGGAGAUGCCUGAAGUUCACGAAAUUGGGGAAGAGCUCGCCUGGACCGGCCG